AUGUUCCACGUUGCAGGGCGCGUCGUCUGCGCCUGCGGCCUGGCUGCCCUCGCCGGGCUCGUCGGCCCCGCCGACGCGAGCGCCUUCCGCGGGCGCACGCCCGACCUGGCCGGCUCGCACGGCGUCGACGCAGAGCUCGAGAAGGCCCUGCUGGCGGAGAUCGAGGAGGUGCUGGGGAGCAGCCACCGGAAGGCGACAGAGGGCCGCCUCGGCCGCAUCGAGGCCGUCCUGCGCACGACCUACCGCUCGCUGCCCAAGAACGCACAGGGCCGCCUCGAGGACUCGGCCGUGCGCUACGCGAUGCACAGGCUCUUCGUCCAGCGCCACGCCUGGUUCGUGCAGGGCCUGGACCCGGCGGGGGAGUCGUGGAACACCUCGGCAUCCACGCUCGCGGUGAUGGGGGCCACGUUCGAGAACCUGGUGCACGCCGAGGCCCUCGGGCGGCUGGAGCACACCUACAGGGUCCAAGCGGAAAUCUCUGAGAGCCUGCUGGUCCUGAACCUCGACCCGAGGCACGAGCUGGUCGUCGGCAAAAACCGCGGUGAGAGGAUCAAGGAGACGUCGGGCGGCUUUGAGCGCGUUGGGGACCCGCUCAGCCGGGACGAGGCACUUGACGUGAUCCAGUCGUACAUGGCCAUGUACGUGUUGGGGAUGAACUUCAGCUCCGCGACCCCGGCGGAUUUGGUCUCGCAGCGGGACGCGAUCAAGGAGGUCUACCCCAGCUGGCCAGCCACGCAGCAGUUCCUGCUCGACGUGUACGAGGCGACCGCCCCGAAGCGGGAGGAGCUGGGCUUCGAGAGCAUCGCCACCGUCGUCGAGGAGAUCGGCGAGCGGUACGGCCGGUGGCAGGAUCACGAGUGCCAGUCGCUGAAGGCUCUGCUGCUGGAGAGGGAGGACCGCGGCAGCGGGCGCGUGCGGCUGGCGGACUUCUACGGCAGCGCCGUGCACGGGGGCAACUGGCAGUUCAGCGAGAGCGUCCAGUACUUGCGCCAGCUCGGCGCGCUCGACGAGAGCGACCCCGCCAAUCUGCGCGUGAUCAUCCCCAACUAUAUCCAGAGCCCCUCCAAUUGCGUGGCGUCCUCCAAGUACUACUCCGUGUGCUGCAUGGACGAGUGCGAGGAGAUCAUGCGCCACGUCGAGGACAGGGUCGGCGCGCCCGACGCGACCACCGCCGAGCUGGCGGCCGUCGUCGAGUCGCUCCCCUCCAACGCCUCCUCGGCCGAGCGCGGAGCCCUGUCGGCGACGCUGCGGCAGAAGCUCCAGGAGGUGGCGGAGCACCACGGCGGGCGCGUGCCUCUGCACGGCCGCCUGUUCGCCCAGUGGAUGCACUACGCCCGCCCGCGGGAGUGCCCGUACCCGCACGCCAGCGGCACGACGGCCCCGCUGAAGGCAGAGGAGUGGUAUGCCAAGACAGGCCUUGACCCGUCCAUGUCGGCGGACGAGAUGAGGGCGCACGUCAACGCCGCCGGCGAGCCGCCGAGUCGCCAGGAGGACUACGACGAGCGCACCGCGGUCAGCAUGUGGACGAUGGAGGAGGAGCUGAUCGUCUCCCGCCCGUCGCCGCAGUCGGCUCCCUCGCGCUCCUCGCCGCUUCGGGGCGUGAUCUUCCUGGCCGCCAUCGCGUCAGGGGUGGUUGCGCUGUUCCAGAUGACGAGCACGGCGGCGCAGAAGGCGCCCCAGCUUUUGCUGCCCAAGUACAACCAGAAGCUCAAGGUGUGA